AUGCAGGGAAAGGGUCGCGCCCCUUUAUUCCCGGAGCCACGUAAGAAUCAGAAGGCCCCUGCUUCUCGGGUUAACAUCCAGAAGCAGAUUACAAAAUAUUUGAAGGCAUCACCAGCAGUUCCUCCAGCCACGCCAACACCCCCCAGCACCUCACAGCCCGUACCGCCAUCGCCGCCGCACGAAGCCCCGCCCUCCCCUACUCCAGCUGCCCAAACUCCGCCGGAAAUAAUUCCUGUGAGCAGCGAGAGAGGAGGCGGAAGCUCUUCCGCCGCGAGACGAGCGACUCCGGAAGGUCCCUCGGACAAGGCCACAGAAGAGGAAAAACAAGUGAACUCCCGAGACUUGGCUGAAGCUCCGGCUAAUGAUGCAGUAACCUUCCCGAAGAACUUUGGGGAUCCGACCAACCUGUGGUCCACUCCCAAGGCCUACUCGCAUAAGUUUUUUCAUAAACUAACGGAGGCAGAGAAGUGGGACCUGGAGCAGGAUCUUCUGAACUCCAUGAUGGACAACGCUUGGGGGAAGGAGGAUGUUGAAUCUUCCGAGAUUCAACUCCACAAAAAGGAAAUGGGUGACUUCUUCGACCAGCUUCUCGUCAAGCGCAAGCUUGAGAGCCUACGCUCCGCCUACCAGAAUCUGGAGACCGAGCUGGCGGAGGCGAACAAAAAACGAGAGCGGGCGGAGAAACAGCUGAAAGAUAAAAAUUCUGAGCUCCUUCAGAAAGAAGCGGACUUUGUUCAGAAGCGCCAGGUUGAUAGUGACACAAUGCAAAAGCUGCAAAAGGAAGUCAACGGCCUUCGGAACUAUAUGACUAUGGCGGAGAAAGGCUGGGACCUUCUCAACUCCGACGUCAUGGCUGACGAACUCCUCGAGGCGGAAUACGCCAAGGAGCGAGAAGAGGAGGCACGACCUGUUGGAUCCGGCGAUGAAGGCCAAGUCACCUGGACCAGUUCAAAGGACAAGUCUAAGGAUGGCGCCACUUCUCCGACAAAAGGAGCUGAAGAUGAUGAUGAUGAUGAUGAUGAGGACGCCGUUUCGUCUCCGGCUAAGGAAACGGAGGGCGAAAUCGCCCAAACUGAAGAUGGAGCUGGCUCUUCUCCGACUGAGGAGAAGUAA